AUGGCGGCUCCCAUAGGAAGGUUGACGUGUAAGGCAGUGAAGUUGGGUGUAAGGUUUUAUCACCCUGCAGGAAGUGAGCUUUCUUCCACUCGAACGCACACAGUUUAUCCAUUUGCACCACGGAAACAUCAUUUGCCAUUCAAAGUAUUCCUUAACCAAGCACGAUGUAUGUUUAUCCAGACACAGGAUACCCCCAAACCCCAACAGUGUGAAGUUUAUCCCUGGAAGAACGGUUCUAGAUGCAAGAACUAUGGAUUUCCCAACCACAGCCUCUGCUUACUGCUCUCCUCUUGCUAGACAUCUUUUUAGAGUCGAAGGGGUAAAAAGCGUCUUCCUUGGGCCAGAUUUCAUUACGAUCACAAAGGAAAGUGAAGAGAUAGACUGGAACCUAAUAAAGCCUGACAUAUAUGCAACCAUAAUGGACUUCUUCUCUUCUGGCUUACCUAUAGUGACAGAGGAUGCACUUCGCAGUGAGACAGCUGCAACAGAAGAGGAUGAUGAAGUGGUGGCAAUGAUCAAAGAACUUCUAGAUACGAGGAUCAGGCCUACAGUCCAAGAAGAUGGUGGUGAUGUCCUCUACCGAGGGUUCCAGGAUGGCAUUGUACAAUUGAAGCUACAAGGCUCCUGCACAAGUUGCCCAAGUUCAAUAAUAACACUUAAAAGUGGCAUUCAAAAUAUGCUGCAGUUCUACAUCCCAGAGGUAGAGGGUGUGGAGCAGGUAAGU